UCUAACGCCGCUUUGUGCGUCUAUCAGCUCAAAGCUGCACAAGUCUUUUUAUUUAGGCUGGCAGCUUCUCCCCAUCUGAAAAUGAAAGGAUCCGCUUCAAUACUGCUGUUCGCAGCGAUAUUGUCCUUGUCAACAUGUCUUCCUCUUAAGAAAACCGAUACUGAACUGCUGAAACGAGUUAAGAGACAAGCCGUGGAUGGUGCGAAUGAUGACAAGAACGAGACAGUCGUCGAUCGACCUCCUGGACUGGGUGGUACAAAUAUUCGAUUUCCGAUUUGCAUAUACCAACUGGGCAUGUCCAAUCGAUUCCGCAUUUGGGAUUAUCAAAUCACAGCAUCUUCUGCAUACCCAAGCAGGCACCUGCAGCCCCACAUGGGGAGGCUAAAUAACCCGUGGGGGUCAUGGUGCAUCAAGAGAGGACAUCCAGGACCUCACUACAUGCAGAUUUAUCUCGGCGGAAUUAUGUUGGUCAGUGGUGUCAUAACUCAAGGAGCGCGCCACACACCCGAUUGGGUUACUGAGUAUCGUGUGAGCUACAGCCUUGAUGGUCAGCGGUGGGAUUAUUAUAAAGAGAAUGGCACAGCAAAGGUCUUCCGCGGAUUCUAUUUUGCGUUUACUAAUCAUUUCAAGUACAGGGUGGCCGCUAGAUUCAUCCGGAUUAAUCCCCAAUCUUCUCAUGGAUUGAUACUGUGCAUGCGUGCCGAGCUGAUAGGUUGUUCAUUCGGCCAAGUUAAUUUGGCAACAAAUCGUACAGCUGAACAAUCGAGCACUGAGGAAGGAGAUGUAGCCUCAAAAGCAAUCGAUAGAAGGCUGGGAAAUGGUUUCUGCUCUUUGACCCAGACCGAGGACAGUCCCUGGUGGCGACUGGACCUGGGAUAUAACACGACAAUAAAAGAGCUAUAUAUUGCUGGACCCCAAAAUGGCACCGAGCUGAAAAAUUUUGAGAUAAGCAUAGGAGAUAGCUUGGACGACAAUGGAAACAUUAACAGGAAGUGUGGCGAUAAACACAGUGUACGACCUGGCGAAAUCAAGACCAUAAGCUGUGAUCUAACUGGACAGUAUAUCAACAUUCAGGUCCCUGAGAGCGGGAAAGCGUUAUCCAUUUGUGAAGUGAUUCCUUAUGGAAUGGACCCUUCACUGGCGGACUUCAAUCCGUAUGUCGUCCUGAACUAUGUCAAUUAUGUUCGUAGGCAAGAGCAAUUAAAACAACUUCGAGAGCGACAGGAACGACUGAGAAACGCCACGUUGGAAGCUCAAAAGCAAGGCAAACAGCUUGUUAGUCAGGGUCAACAGGCCAUAAGUGGAGUCCAGCAACAAGGUCAGCAGGCCAUUAGUCAAGGUCAACAAUUGGCUGGUCAAGGACAAGCUGCUGCGAGCGGAGCCGUCGGCCAAGGUCAAGCAGCUCUUGGCGGCAUUCAAAAUCAAGGCCAACAGGCUUGGGGUCAGGCACAAGGGUUGAUGGGCGGUCCUCAGGGUCAAGGACAGCAGCUUCUAAAUCAAUUCCAAGGCCAAGGAGCAGGCAUGGCAAGUCAGUUCCAAAAUCAGUUUGGCCAACUUCAAGGUCAAGGUGCGGGAAUGCUGAAUCAGUUGCAAGGCCAGGGUAUGGGUGUGUCUAACCAGUUUCAAGGACAAGGAAUGCAACUGGCUAAUCAACUUCAAGGUCAGGGUAUGGGUAUGGUUAAUCAGUUCCAAGGACAGGGACAGCAAUUAGCCAAUCAACUGCAAGGUCAAGGAAUGGGAAUGGUAAACCAAUUUCAAGGGCAAGGAAUGCAAUUAGCCAAUCAAUUGCAAGGUCAGGGUAUGGGAGUAGUAAAUCAGUUCCAAGGGCAAGGGCAACAAUUAGCCAAUCAACUGCAAGGCCAAGGUAUGGGAAUGGUCAACCAAUUUCAAGGACAAGGAAGGCAAUUAGCCAAUCAACUGCAAGGCCAAGGUAUGGGCAUGGUAAAUCAGCUUCAAGGACAAGGAAUGCAAGUGGCCAAUCAACUGCAAGGCCAAGGAGCAGCUAUGCUUGGUCAAGCACAAAGUCAGCUUGGUCAGCUGCAAGGUCAGGGAAUGGGAAUGGUAAACCAGCUUCAAGGACAGGGGUCGCAAUUAGCCAGUCAACUGCAAGGACAGGGAAUGGGACUAGCUAAUCAAAUCCAAGGACAAGGGAUGGGGGUCGUGAAUCAGCUACAGGGCCAAGGGAUGGGUGCGGUCAAUCAACUCCAAAGCCAAGGACUUGGAAUGGCAAAAGGGCUGACUAGCACUAAGGAUGAUUUGAUUGACAGGGCAAAAGACUUCUAUAAAAAGUUAAAACCAUGGCAAAAAAGAGCAGAAGACUUCUACGAUGAAAAAAUCAAGGGACAUUACUUCGAACUAGGAAUGAAGUGGUUUAAUCGCGGAAAAGACUACGGUAUGAAAGCUCUUGAUGUUUUCAAAGAAAGUGUGUUGUCUGAGUUCACUGGGCUGGCAAGUGAUGUUGGCGGAGAACUGUCAGCAAUUGGAAACUAUGACACUGGAGACGUGAAGGGACUUCUGGACAAUGUUGAUAAGGAUAAGAUAAAGGAACUAGUAGAGAGAAUUAAACCUCUCAUUCCUGAGUAUUACGAAAAAGCCAGAAAAGUAGCCAUGGAUAUUUUCAACGAGGGAAAAGCUCAGUUCGAAAAGAUAAAAGAAGAGGUUGAAAAAGAGGCCGAUAAUGCUGUGAAAAUGGGCGAAGGUCUGUCAUCAGAGGCAACAGGCUUAGCGGAGGAAGCUAAAGAGCAGGGUAUGAGUGCUGUUGGAGAAGCACAGAAAGCAGGGGAGUCAGCCCUGGAGCAAGCUAAAAAGACAGGGGAAGGGCUCGCGCAGCAAGGACAGCAAACUCUCGGCCAGGUACGACAACAAGGAAUGGGAAUAAUGAACCAAGCUCGUCAAACCGGUAUGGGUGCUUUUAAUCAAGUGAGGCAGCAAGGAAUGGGAGCUUUAGGACAAGUGCAGAGUUUUGGACAGCAAGGAUUGCAACAGGCGCAGGGUCUCCAAGGUCAGCUAAUGCAAACUGGUCAAGGACUUUAUGGGCAAGCUCAAAGUAUGGGCCAAGGUCUACAGGGUCAACUCAUGCAGACUGGUCAGGGCUUGUAUGGUCAAGCUCAGGGAAUGGCAAGUGGCUUACAGAAUCAAAUGAUGCAAACUGGACAGGGAUUGUACGGCCAAGCACAGAGCAUGGGCCAAGGUGCCUUACAACAAGGAAUGAACGUUGGGAAUCAGCUUCGGCAGCAGGGACAAGGAGCUUUCCAGCAAGGACUAGGAAUGGCCCAAGGUCUCCAAGGGCAAGCAAUGAAUAUGGGUCAAGGAUUCCAGCAACAAGGAAUGCAACUCAUGAAUCAGGGACAACAGCUGUCGCAGCAAAUGGCCGGCAUGGGAUCCAAUUAUUAUGGACAAGCUUUGGGUAUGGGUCAGGGACUUUAUGGACAGGGUAUGAAUUUGGGCCAGGGAUUUCAGCAGCAAGGGCAGCAACUCAUGAACCAGGGAAAACAAAUGGCAGGCCAGCCACCAAGCCCCUCUCAGCAGUGGCAGCACCUUAUGAAACAGGGCCAGCAGUUACAGAGUCAGGAAGAUGCCCUUAAAAGACAAGGCCAACAGGCGGCUGGGGGAGGUUCGAAAUAGAAAGUAACUCUAAGGCCAAACUUCUGUGUAGAAGACAGUUAUCCUCAGGAGAGGAACGAAUUUAAUUUACCCAAUGAGUCAGUAGAACAUGUGUUUCGCAGUCUUGUUAAUCCGUUGGCUGUAUGAAUAGAAAGUUUAGUUCUUAAGGACAGUAGAGGAUGUGAAUCUGAGUCGAAGUCAGAAAAGUUGCGUAGAAACUGUAGAGUUAUUUCACAUUUUUUGCUCAGAAGAAUCACGCCAGAUGCUCCACCGAUGUUUUCGUUAACAUCGAAAUAUGCUCUUACAAUAAUGACCCUUACUCAACGACAGAAAGCACGAUUUCUUUAAUUUAUAGACAUGGCAAGUUUAGGGGUAACAUGGACGUCACCCUCAGAGUAACGACUAUGUUUAGCUGCUGUAACUAAGAAGUCAGAAAAGAAAUGACUGUUAUUACUACAACUGCAAACCUCCCUAAGACAAUAUCACCUAUUUCCUUAAGCUCAGCAGCGUAUGAAAGAAGUACUUCGAGUCAAUGACACGUCGAUGUUACUACUUUCAGGUGGCAUAGAUUAAAGUAUAAAUGUUUCACUUUUGCAUGUACACGAACAAAAUUGUUAUCUUAAUAGUUAAUAUUUGGUGUUCAUUGAAAGAGUUGCAUGCAAAAUAUCAGAUUUUCCCUUGA